CUCAAAUGCUUCGUCUCUUAUAUUUAUGACCGCAUUCAAAGAAAGACAAGCUCUCUUCUCUAUAUUUGCUCUGCUGAAUUUCAGUGAGGAAACCAAGCGCACAUCUGAUUCAGUUAACUUCCUUGAUGGAAGGGGAGCUUUGACGUAACUGGUAAAGUUGUUGUCAUGUGACCAGGAGGUCACGUGUUCGAGCCGUGGAAACAGCUUCUUGCACAAAUGCAGGCAAAAUGGUGAUUCCCCCGCCAAUUAGACCAGACAGAGUGACGAAGUAUCUCAAACCUUACGUGCUGAGGAUGCACUUUACAAACAAGUAUGUAAAUGCUCAAGUAGUUCACACACCAACAGCAACAGUGGCUGCUUCUGCAAGCACACAAGAGAAAGGCUUAAGGCUUGCCAUGGUAGAAGGAAAAGAAAAUACUAGAGAUGUUGCUGCUGCUGCAAAAAUAGGUAAGUUGUUGGGAGAACGGUUGCAGGCUAAAGGUAUUCCCGCCAUAUCUGUUUUCUUUAAGAGAGAGCAAAGAUACCAUGGAAAGGUCAAAGCAGUUAUUGAUUCAGUGAAAGAAGUAGGCAUAGAACUGGUUUGAUUGAAACACAAUGACCACUUUCUCGUUUCAUGGCCUGCUGGAUUUCCUCCCAAGGCAAAGGAUUUAUAUGUUCUAUUGUCUUUGCAAAUCGGUUUUCGCUAGUUAAGCUCUACUUCGACAAUUUGCUCGUCUGUUCUUCGAAACUGGAGCAAUAUGUGGUUUUCAAUGUAUAAGGUGUCAGUGUCACUUAUGACAUUUCCUGUGUUCUGAGUUUCUUAUUCCAAGAAGAAGGUUCCUAGCC